AUGGCGAGAACUUCUUCUGUCAGACGCAGGAGGGAUCCGCCACGCCGUCAGUCCAGAGCUCCUUCCCCUCCCCCUCCACCGUCCACUGCAUCUGAACAAUCCGUCGAGACCGAAUGGAAGGAGAUAGCCUGCCACACGGCGAAAUGCGACAUGUGCAACACACGCAAUGGAACGGGCAUGUCCCGCUGCGAGGGAUGCGGCUGGCAGGCAUGCUACAAAUGUAUCCUUGCCAACGGGUGCAGUCGCACGCAUCGGGGAAACGGGCGCGUCCAUACAGGGGCUAUCGACCAGACUCUCAUUGCCCGUAUGAGACGCGGCAGGGCGACGGUCAAGAGGGAAGCGGAUGACGCAGGCCAGUUGAGGAGACAGUCAAGCAAUCUCAAGAGAAUGAAGAAAGAGGAGUCGUCUUCAAAGAUACCAAGCGCGGCAGACGAUGAAGUCUUGAACGCAGCUCGGAACUUUUUGGCCUUUAGUAUUGAAGCCAUCGGUUUGGCCAUCCAGGAGGAUGGCUUUGACCGGGAACAUUCACCUGGUGGGGCUGCGCAUCGAGACGAGGACGUUGCGAAUUUCAUGAGUAUGACCAGUCGAGAAUUGCAUGACUAUGCCCAACAACAAGCCAGUCAUGCUCUUCAGGCUUAUCUUGAGCGCAGGGCCAGAGAGACGGAUGCUCCCGAGAUUGGCACCUUCUCUGGGACUCAAGCAAAUGUUGACGAAACCACCUCAUCGGAAAACUCGAAGGGCUGA